GAAAAGAAACGGAUUAGGAUUCCGCAAAAACACGAGAAUGCGUUGAUGACGUGGCACUUUUCUCUAGAAGCAGCUCCAUUCUUCGAUUGCUCUGUUUCUUUCGUCCUUUAAAGUUUUUUUCGAGAAGAACGAUGAUCGGCCGGAGUAGCUUCGAGGACGAAGAGGUGGACAGAGAGAAUGGCGGCUCAAUACAGAUGGAAGAGCUUCGAGGAGAACGAAGAUCGGCCGGAGAAGCCUCGCCGUUACGGUGUUACGGAGAUGCGAGGUCCUCGUUACUCCGUUCUCAGCCAGAACGUUCUUCAGGAAAUUUUUGAUUCGAUGGGGCAAUUUGUUGAUGGGUUAAAGUUCUCGGGAGGCUCCAACAGUUUAAUCCCAAAAUCAUUCAUCAAACAAGCCAUUAAAAUGGCUCAUGAGCACGAUGUGUAUGUCAGCACUGGAGACUGGGGUGAGCAUGUUCUUCGUAGUGGUCCUUCAGCUUUCAAAGAGUAUGUAGAGGAGUGUAAGCAGUUGGGGUUCGACACUAUUGAGCUGAAUGCAAAUUCGCUUGAGAUUCCGGAGGAAACUCUUCUAAGAUACGUACGUCUGAUCAAGAACGGUGGCCUCAGAGCCAAACCUAUGUUUGCUGUGAAAUUUAAUAAGUCUGAUAUUCCUGGGAAGAAUAGGGCAUUUGGUUCCUAUGUUGUUCCAGAACCUCGCUCAAGCGAGUUUGUUGAGGACAUUGAUCUCUUGAUCAGAAAGGCUGAGAGGUGUUUAGAAGCCGGGGCGGAUACCAUUAUGAUUGAUGCAGAUGAUGUCUGCAAAUACGCAGUUUCUCUCCGAGCAGACAUAAUAGCCAAAGUCAUAGGGCGUCUGGGAAUAGAGAAGACUAUGUUCGAAGCAUCUGAUGCGAAGUUAGCUGAGUGGUUCAUCAAACGUUACGGUCCAAAUGUGAAUCUCUAUGUGGAUCAUUCUCAGAUAAUGGAUCUUGAGUGCCUCCGUGGUCGUCAUCUGGGCAAAGAUCACCAAUCCGUUCUCAGUUCCUCCUACUUCUUGUUUUGAAAUAAUAGCUCUUCCACCACAAAUAAAGCUGUGUGAGUUUCUUAUGUAUUAUGUCGUAUGUGUCUGAUGUUGUGUGCUUCUUUGAUGCUGUAUGAAAGAAAAUGUUUAGGAGAAUAUUGUCAUAGACUCAUAUGGGACAGUGAUCUCCUGAGUCUCUCAGAAUGUAUACAGCCUAGUAAAGUAAUGCACCUAAGGCUUGUUUGUCUCGUAUGAAGAGUUUUCACUGACUGAAACACUUUGAGCAAUCAUUAUCCUUUAAGCUAUGAGUCCAGGACAUCAAUUCUGUAAAUAUUACUUUUACUAUAUUCGUAGAAACUUCUCUGUAAUAUCUUUUGAUAAAUAUAGAAGAGACAUAAAUUUCUAUCAAUAGCCUAAUUUAACUAAAUGCCAAUUCUUACCCAUAAACACUUAAUUUGAAUCUCACCAAAUUAGAUAUUUUUGUUAUCUCUCUCUCUCUCUCUCUCUGCCACCCUAACACAUAUUGUAACCAUAGUUAUCAUAUUGAUAUUCUAAGUUUAGUUUGUGCUUAAUCAUCAGGAUGAUGGCACCCAUUUUCGUGCUUGGUUAUCUUUUUGCUGUUUUUAGUUACAACGUUUAUUUCCUGCAACAUACAAACAGUAUGUGUAUUGGUUGGUUAAUCUGCCAGUUUUUGGAACCAAAGUUAGCUAAACACAAUGGGGAUCUAUCUAUAAAAACAAGAAAAAUCUUGUAGAAUGUUGCCAAAGCUGUUUCUGUCUCAAUAAUAAUAAUAAUAAGAAGGAACAUUUUCAGGGAAGAGUGAGGAAACUCUGAAAAUGGAUCCUUCUUUUAGAUUGUGUUUUCUUGCUGUAGCAUUUGGUUUUGUGUUAAUCAUAAAUGGAAAGCUUAGCUUUGCAACAUCAUCCUACGAGGCCGAUCCUCCACAGCCUUUCAUCCCUGAGCGUGCCGGUUCUGAGUUUGACGAUCCCAGAUUUGUGGCCGGCGGCCCUGCUGGCGAUCCCGGGUUUGGGGCCGGCGGCCCAGCUAUGGCGCCUUUCGGCGCUGACUUUGGUGUUCCCGAGUUUGGUGGUCCCGACUUUGCCGGCAUGAUGGGGCCGGUUCCUGAGCCGCUUUUCGUCCCCGAGUUCCCGGUUUAUAUAUUUUACUUGGGGGAAAAGAAACUGGAUGAUCCUAAGUUGGUGACUCAAUCACAUCUUGAAAUCCUGAAAUCGGUUCUUGGAAGCGAAGAAGCAGCAGAGAAGUCAAUGGUUUACAGUUAUCACCAUGGUUUCUCUGGCUUUGCAGCCAAGCUCAAACCGGCCGAAGCAGAGAUAUUGAAAAAUCAUCCUGAAGUUAUUAUUCUUCUGGAAAACCGAAAACUUGUGAUGCAAACAACGCGAACUUGGGAUUACCUAGGCCUUUUUUCAAACCCAGCUUCUUCUAAAGGUCUUCUACCUGAGACCAACAUGGGAAGUGGUGCUAUCAUCGGCGUUAUCGACUCUGGGAUAUAUCCAGAAGCAGGCGUCUUCGAUGACAAUGGAUACGGACCAAUACCAAAACACUGGAAAGGAGAAUGCGUAUGUGCUGACCAGUUCAGUGCUAAAGAUUGCAACAAGAAGCUUAUCGGAGCCAAAUACUACAUUGAUGGUCUUAAUUCGGAUCUCCAAACAAGUAUCAACAGCACUACAGAAUACUUAUCUCCUAGAGAUCACAACGGCCACGGGACUCAAGUAUCCUCAACUGUAGCUGGUUCUUCCGUCUCUAACGUGACUUUCCCAGGCCUCACGAACGGUUCGAUCAUGAGAGGUGCGGCUCCUAGUGCACAUAUAGCCAUGUACAAAGCGUGUUGGGAUGUUGAAGGAGGAAUGUGUUCAGUUGCUGAUGUAUGGAAAGCUUUCGAUGAAGCCAUUAACGACGGUGUUGAUGUCUUGUCUGUUUCUAUCGGCGGUUUAUCAGAGAUCAAGUCUCUUGAUAUUGAGAUCGACAUCGCGAUUCCAGCAUUACACGCCGUGAACAGAGGCAUUCCUGUUGUUUCACCAGCUGGUAACGGAGGAUCUCGCAGUGCAUCGGUUAUCAACGUUUCUCCAUGGAUUAUAACCGUCGCUGCGACUACUCUUGACCGGUCUCUCACCGCAAUGGUCACACUCGGGAACAAUAAAACGUUGCUGGGUGAGAGUCUGUACGCAGGACCAGAAAUGGACUUUACCGAUGUGAAAUUUAUUGAUGAUCAUUCUAGUGUUGAUGCCAGUCAAAUGAAAGGUAAAGUUGUGAUGUUCUUCGAUACACAGAAGGACGUAGUGCCUACGCCAGACAUUGUUAAGGAAAAUGGUGGUCUCGGUGUCAUUUAUGUGAGAAACCCGAUAGAUCGUAUUGAUUGUCCCGUGAACUUUCCCUGUAUCCAAUUGGAGAUCGACGUUGGAUCCGAGUUAUUCUUCUCCACUGAAACUGCGAGUAGCACACCAAAGGUUAAGAUAAGCACAUACAAGACAAUAAUCAGUGAAGCUGUAGCAACUAAAGUUGGAAAAUCGUCGGCGAGAGGUCCUAGUGCAAUUUCACCCGCCGUUCUUAAGCCGGAUAUAGCAGCACCUGGUGUGACCUUACUAACACCUAGAAUACCAACAGACGAAGACACUAGCGAAUUCGCUUACUCAGGAACAUCAAUGGCAACUCCUGUUGUAGCAGGAAUCGUUGCACUCCUCAAGCGUAUGCAUCCUACUUGGUCUCCUGCUGCAAUCAAAUCAGCUAUUGUCACAACAGCCACGAAAACCGAUCCACACGGUGAGCUUCUAUCUGCAGAUGGAACUAACCAUAAACUAGCUGAUGCAUUCGAUCAUGGAGGAGGUCUUGUGAAUCCGGAGAAAGCCACAGAUCCUGGUCUUGUUUACGACAUGGGAAUCAACGAUUACAUACACUACUUAUGUUCCGAAGCUUUGUACACAGACAAGAGAGUUUCAGCUAUAACCGGAAACGUCACUGAAAAGUGUCCGAGCUCAGGUUCAUCGAUUCUUAACCUUAACUUACCGUCUAUUACCAUCCCCAACGUCAAGGCCGGAAACGUCACGGUGACGCGAACCGUGACAAACGUCGGGAACGUUGAUUCGGUUUACGAGCCUGUGCUCGAGGCUCCGCAGGGAUUCGUCGUCAAGGUUUCGCCGGAGAAGUUAGUGUUUAACAAAGGAAUCAGCAAGGCUACGUUUACGGUGACCGUGUCUUCAGGGUCACACAGAGUGAACACUGCGUUUUUCUUUGGGAGUUUGACUUGGACUGAUGGAGCUCACAAUGUCACAAUCCCAGUUUCUUUGAGGACACGAUUCAUCGAAAAUUAUUUCUUGUAAAUUGUUGUAACCCGAUUAUUAAAUAAGAUUAAUGUUUUCAUGGGAUCCAUUUGUUAGGGGGCGUGGUGAAAAAUCAUACAAUCAGGGAUCAUGAAUAUUGAGAAAAGAAAAUUAGUUUGGUUUUAGUACGGUGUUGCUUUUGUAAAAGAAGAUGCUACCAUGAACAAUAUAUUUUCAAGCUUCCGUUAAUUACCAAACUCUUCAAU